UUCACAGGUGCAAACAUGCAGAUCUUUGUGAAAACCCUCACCGGCAAGACCAUCACCCUGGAGGUCGAGCCCAGUGACACCAUUGAGAACGUGAAGGCCAAAAUCCAGGAUAAAGAGGGCAUCCCUCCCGACCAGCAGCGUCUGAUCUUUGCUGGAAAGCAGCUUGAAGACGGACGCACCCUCUCUGACUACAACAUCCAGAAGGAGUCCACCCUCCACCUGGUGCUGCGUCUGAGAGGCGGCAUGCAGAUCUUCGUGAAAACCCUCACCGGUAAGACCAUCACCCUGGAGGUCGAGCCCAGCGACACCAUUGAGAACGUGAAGGCCAAAAUCCAGGACAAAGAGGGCAUCCCUCCCGACCAGCAGCGUCUGAUCUUUGCUGGAAAGCAGCUUGAAGACGGACGCACCCUCUCUGACUACAACAUCCAGAAAGAAUCGACCCUCCACCUGGUCCUGCGUCUCCGUGGUGGUAUGCAGAUCUUCGUCAAGACCCUCACAGGCAAGACCAUCACCCUGGAGGUGGAGCCAAGCGACACCAUUGAAAACGUCAAGGCCAAAAUCCAGGACAAAGAGGGCAUCCCUCCCGACCA